AUGGUGUUGGUCUUCAUAGACAAGCCAACCGACGCCCGGCUCAAGGCAGUCUGUUCGGCGAUUCCUGAUAUUCUCCACGAAAUUCAGGGGUCAGUCGCGAACCACUGCAAAAACAGUGUCGCGCUGUACAAGGUCCAUCGGGAUGCGCAGAGGCAUGUUAUGAAGGGCCACAGGAGCAAGCCCGACCGUGUUGGCCAGCGGGUCUUCUGUGACGCGUUUUUAAUCGCGUUUUCUCGAACUUUGAAGGUUACGGCAGAGCAAAAGUGCGCAGCGGAUAACGUCCUCAAGUUUCUUGUGACGUACAUCAAGUAUUUGAAAAAGCAAGAUGAAAACGGCAUCGAAAACGUCAACCCGGAAGAUGAAGACCAGGCUUGUUUGACGGAAAGGAGGCCAAUAGAACCUCGUUUUACGAAGUCCGUGUUGGCGUUCCUCAUGGAUGGCUUUGAGGCGAAGGACAAAUCGGUCCGUUUUCGCGUCGUGCAUACCUUGUCAGAGCUGCUUCAUUCAAAGGUUACUCUGGGAGAUGACGACCUCAGGGCCCGGCUGGAACGAACCCUGCUUCGAGACUCUGAUUCUCAAAUCAGAGCUAGGGCGGGAUCAUGCCUUGCCCUGCUGUGCUCAUUGGACGGCUGUGUGCGCGAAGGCGUCCAAGAGACGCUUGAGGAACUGUACGAAGUUAUGCAGUUCGAUGACAAACCUGAAGUACGGAAAGCGAUUCUAUGCAACCUGCCGGUGGACCGAACCACUCUGGACCACAUAUUGCCCCAUUUACGUGACCGCGAGCAAACAAUCCGCAAGGCUAUCUAUACUCAAGUCUUAACUCCCCAAGUUUCGCCAAAGGACGGCUCGCCGGCCUACUGCCAUCCAUCCAGCAUCAAACCUUCGCAGCGUCUCGCGGCACUGGCAGGCCUUGAUGACCGAGAAGAUGGAGUUCAAAAAGCUGCUGAAGAGUUCAUUGACGCCUGGCUGAAUGCACCGGAACCAGAGAAUGGCCAGGAAGCAGCUCAGUAUGACGCUUUGGAGCGACUAGUUUGCUUACUGAAAUUCUUCCGGGUCCAAAAGCGCGAAGAAAAGGAGCUCAGGCUCGUUUGUCUCAUGGUGAAAACUGUCCUUAAAAACAACUCUGAUAUUUGCGACAAUAUUGGGUUCCAAGAUCUAGCGUAUUGGAGAGAAGAUGCUGUACCCGAAGAGGCCUUGCUCAUUCGGUCUGUCGCUCAAUACUUCCUCGACGCCAAGCGUGACAACAAGUUGGACGGCAGAUUGGAGGAGAUGCUUCCUACAGUUGCUGAAAUGGCUCAAAUCAUCGCUGUGAGGUGUGGUGUUCUCCUGCAGGCCGCCGAACAAGACGACGAACUUUCGGCGAGGUUCAUCUUGAUACAGUUGCUCGAGCUUGCUGUUCACCUGGAUUACUCUGACUAUGUGGGCACGAAUGUGAUGCGCCAGUGUAUGAUACAGCCCAAGCUGCCAGAAGAAUUGUUCGAUCCAUGUUUGGAUGUUCUCGUAGCCUUGGUGCAGAGCGAGAGUGAUUUUAUCCAGACUGUGGUGGAACUCGUGCACGAUAUCUUGGACGCUAGCGAAUCGGAUGAGGAACCAGUUGAAACCCAAGAUCUCGAGUCCGCGCCUCAAGACCCCGACUCCAGCGCUGGUUCGGCGGAUGACAAGGCGAAGAGACGAUUAAGAUGUCUGCGACUGUGUCGAACUAUGCUCGAAAGAGUCGAGAUGCCCGUCGAGCGGUAUUCCUUGUUGAAGGCUAUUAUCGAAGACCUCAUCUACCCCGUGGUGAAGACUACAGAGAGCUCACCCGCUGAGGGAACGGACCACAAGGCUCCGGAAGAUUCAACCUCUGCGGCCCUGUAUGAAGUGGGUGUUCGAUCGCUGUGUCUGGCUUCAUUGGUCUGCGAGUCCCUCGCUCCUGUGGUAUUCGACCGGGCUACAAGGACGAUCUGCGAUGAUGAGGUUUCCCUAGAGGUCAAAUUGAUUUACCUCCAAGCUAUCUUCGAUCUUGUGGUCAAGUACAAGCACCUGCUUGAUUCCGAUGGCAAGGGCAUUUUGGUGAAGAUGAACAAAUCCCAGCAACUCGAAGUGACCAUCACGAUGCGCUUCACUCCCCAUUCGCCCGUCUAUGUUGUACUCGAGGAGAAAAUCAGUGUGAACACACACGAAGGAAGACACCCCGAAACGCUGGCGACGAUCUGCCAAGGUCUUGCAAAGUUGCUGCAUAGUGGGAUUCUGGACAGUCCAGACGCACUCCGCGAAUUGUACAAGACUCUGAUCCUGCCUGAAACCGCUGGAAACCAUGCUCUUCGACAGUGCCUCGACCACUUCUUCGAGGAAUAUAGUACAUCACACCCGAAGAACCAAAUGAGGAUGCAGGAGAUCUUCAAAUCCGUAUUUGUCGACUUGGUACAAAGACGGAAGGAAGACGACCCUGUUACGCUGCCAAUCUUGUGCAACAAAUUCGUCCACUAUACGAGCUAUCUGAAUCUGAAACGGAAUGUGUCAAAUGAUCCUGAAGCGCAGUUCCGCCUGAUAGAAUCGAUGCUAAUCAUCAUCCUGAAAGAACCCAGUCUUCAAAAAGGCCACAGGAAGGACCUCUUCCGUUCUUUGUCUGACAAUUGGUCAGCACCGAGCAACCUCCCUAAAUUCAACUCGGACGACAGCUUCGCCACAUCGUCGACAAUCUUGGUGUUCGGCAUAAAAAUCUUAAUCGAUAAAGUGAAGGCAUGUCGGCCUCCUCGUGACAGUCAUCCCAGCAAAUGGUUCGGCUUGUUCGAGACAGCUUUCACCACCAGAUAUCAAACGCUGUUGGAACCGAUGUCUGAUGAUGAGUUCCGCGAGCUGGAGCAACUCGAGAGAAUCUUCGAGGAAGUAAAAGAUAUAUUCCCGGAUGACGAAGAUGUUGUGGCUGAGCCUCGGACUCGAGGUCAAAAAAGACGCUCGUUGAAUUUUAUGGCCAAAGGUAAUGACUGUGAAAAUAUCAAACCGGUUAUUCACGAGAUUAAUCCUCCCAAGCGGAGAAGGGUGUCAACCACUACAGACGAGGACGAUGACGAGGCGAGGCUUGAUCAAUGUAUGAGCAGGCUGCUGAGUCCUGCGAUGGGAGACGGCGCUGAGGCUGAUGACGAGGGGGAGACGUCCUGGGAUUCCAUCUUAGACACCACGAGAGGACCCGACGAUUCAGACGAGGAAGAAGAAAUUCAACAAAGCUUACUUGAUGUUGGAGAGGACUGA